AUGGCAUCGAGAAAUUGGGAAGAGGUUGCUGCUGAAAAGCGACAGCAACAAACACACGCCAUCUCGGCUUUCAACUUGGCCGAACUGACCGAUGUCGAUGACAAGACAGAGCACUACAACUCCAUCACAGAAAUUGACGACCUUACUCACCUUGCCAAAGAAAUAGAAAACGGGAAAUACUCAAGCGAGGAUGUCACCAAGGCUUACAUCUCACGACAAACUGAGAUUCUCUUCAAAGACGCUCUAGCCCAAGCUCGAGAACUUGAUGCAUACUACACCACCGAAGGAAAGACGAAGGGACCACUUCAUGGAAUCCCCAUCAGCUUGAAAGAUCAAUUCAACGUUAAAGGCCACGAUACCACUCUAGGCUACACAGCUCGAUCCUUUAAACCAGCUUCUGAAGAUGCGGUGCUGGUCAACAUGCUCAAGAAAUUGGGUGCAGUCAUAAUUUGCAAGACAAACCUUCCGCAAAGCAUCAUGUGGGCUGAGACCGAUAACCCUCUUUGGGGCCUGACGGAAAACCCCAUCAUCCCUGGCUACACUCCUGGAGGCUCGUCGGGUGGUGAAUCAGCGCUUUUGUAUUCCCGCGGAAGUAUUGCAGGGUUCGGGACAGACUUGGGUGGGAGCAUUCGCAUGCCAUGCAACAUCAUGGGCCUGUACGGUUUCAAGCCAAGUAGCUGCCGGCUACCAUAUGCCGGUGUACCAGUCUCCACUGAAGGACAAGAACAUGUCCCUUCAUCAAUCGGACCACUUGCGCGCUCCAUGUCGUCCAUUCAUGAUAUAACAAAGGCAAUCAUACUCCAGGAACCGUGGACCCAAGACUGUCGCAGCAUCCCCAUACCCUGGCGCCAAAACGCCUAUGACGAUAUUCUGAAGCGCAAGCUGACGAUUGGCGUCAUUCGCGAUGACGGAGUUGUGAAACCUCACCCCACUAUCGCAAGGAUGAUUGAAGAAGCAGUUGCAACACUUGAAGCUGACGGCCACGAAGUAAUCGAGUGGAAGCCAGAUUUCCACGCUGAGUGCAUAGAAGUCAUGGACGCCUAUUUCACUGUCGACGGCUGCGAAGAUAUCUGUCGCGAUGUGGAAGCAGGAGGUGAACCAUUCAUUCCCGCUGUCAAAAGACUCAUCGAUCGUGGAAAGCCUAUCUCUGUGUUUGAGUAUUGGCAACUCAACAAACGCAAGCGACAGCUCCAACAGGCCUAUCUCGAAAAGUGGAACAAGGCCAUAUCGUCAAAGACCGGUAGAGUUGUCGAUGCUCUCAUAACUCCGACUUUACCUCACGCAGCGGUACCACACAAUAGCAUCAAAUGGGUUGGAUACACCAAAGUCUGGAAUCUUCUUGACUAUACAGCUUUGGUUAUACCAGCUGGGAGGGUUGAACCUGGUGACCUUGAAGCGACGAUGGAUUACGAACCGCGGAAUGACAUGGAUGCCUGGAACAAGCAACUUUGGGAGGAGAAUAAGAAUGACAUGGUGCAGAAUCGACUACCAGUGGAUAUCCAGAUUAUUGGAAGGAACGUGGAAGAUGAGAAGGUGUUGGCUGUUGGUAAGGUCUUGGAUGGUCUUUUGCGCAACCGAUAG